GGGCUUUGGGACCUGUAUGGGCUUGUCACAGUCACAGAGAAGGAUUGGUGACAGUAUUCGUUAUAAAGAUGAACCCUGUUGUGUCAACACAGUGAAACGAUGUUGCAGUCUGAAUUUAUUCGAUUUUUAACAGAGGCAGAUGCUGACAUACAGGCGUUCCCAGUGUUGCCAGUUGAAAAAGCAGAACUCAAUACAGUAACAGGGAAUGAUCACGACGCCAAGGAUAAUAGUGGAUCACCAUUUACUUUCACUUCACAGCGAUACCGGUUAAACAAAGAAGAUGAGUUGUUUGAAGAUGGGGAUAUCCAAAGACAUCUAUACUUGCAAAAUGCUAUAACAAGCGUUGCAGAUGAUACUGAGAAACCAAAGGUCUCUGAGUUCAGAUGCCAUAUAGCAGGCUGUAGCCAGCUCUUUGACACACUGGAAGGAUAUGAGCAUCAUUACAAUACAUUUCACCGCAAUGUCUGCUCCUACUGCAAGCGCUCCUUCCCCUCUGGCCAUCUUCUGGACAUUCACAUACUGGAGUGGCACGAUUCCCUGUUCCAGAUCCUGGCAGAGAAGCAGAACAUGUAUCAGUGCUUGGUAGAAGGCUGCUGUGUGAAAUUUAAGACCAGUAUUGACCGAAAAGAUCAUUUAAUAAAAAUUCACAGUUAUCCUCCAGAUUUUAGAUUUGACAAGCCCAAGAAAAGCAAAAGCCAAGGUAAGACUCCACAUAGAAGAGAUGUGACAAUGGAGGUGUCUGUAGCGUUCCAACCAUGCCCUGAUGACACAGGAAAUAUGGAGUCCAUGGAGGUCUGUCCACCUGAAAAAACACAGCCGGCAAUGAAUGAAGACAGCCCUGGUCAUGUAGAGCAGCUGAAACCACGCUAUUCAUACAAGGUACCAGACACAAUUUGUUUUGGUCAAGGCUCAGUACGAGGAUUCAGGGGCAUGAAGAAAAAGAAAUGAUUUCUACUGAAGAAAAUUAAAUGAAUGAGGGGGCUCUGUCCCUAUAGCUCUCCUUAAAGUGAUACAGUAACUUGGGGUGUAAGGAUUCAUAAAAGAUCUUUACAGCUCUAAUAAUAAUGUCCCAUUACUGCAACUGUCUUGGCAAAUUUCAUUAACAUUAUCAAGUAAAACCAACAUUAUCCAAAUGUUCAAUAUCUGUCAUCUCAUCAAAGGUAUUGCAUUUUUAGAUUACAAAAUCUAGCAUCAUAAAAUAAUAAGUAGAGACUGGUAAAGAGCUGGUGUCCUGUGGUAUGUGUUCAUCAGGUCUUAUAUUCUCCUCCUGAUUGAACUCUCAGCACACAGCAAGAGAUACAGCUACACACUAUCAGCUACAGAGUGAGCUGCAGCAUGCCAAUCACUCCACAGUGUGAGAGAUUGGGAAUCAGGUUACAAUGCCAUCUAUCAUACCCCAGUCACUCCCCAGUGUGCAGUCUACAGAACCCUGACAACAACCUUAAAUGUGAGACGUACAGCAGCCCCAUGACUACCCCACAGCAAGAGAUUAUAUUGUAUUACUAUCCAGCGAGGCAAGAGAGUUACAUUACAUUGUUCACCCUUCCUGUAUGUUUUUCACUAUUUUCAAUGUGCCGCUCUUCUACUAAAUAUAUGUCAAAAAUAUGUAUGUUAAAAAAAGCAUAAAAUUUGAACAUGAAAUUAAAAACUAUAAUGAA